GCAGCGAGAAGGGGAAGUACAUUACGCGCGCGCACACACAUACCAGUUACACACGCUAUCUCUCUCUCUCUCACACACACAGGCGCGCGCGCGCACACAGCAGGCUAAUGUGAUUAGACAGACCCAGACACGGCGCGAGCGGCUCUGAGGCGACUGACCGUAAAGCGCGAGCUGCGGACGGCGACCGGAUUCAUUUAGCGCUCGUCUGAAUGUUUACUUGUUUUCCUUUGUUUGUUUAUUUGUUUCUUUGGACUCGACUGACGUCCUGCGCAGCGUGGAGCAUUUCAGACAGGGCAAAGAAAUGACUGAAAAGCAUUAUGAGUUCUGCCCAACACCCCCCUCCUUCCUUCAUAGCACGGAAAGCUGAUUUUCCAGCAUGAACUGACCACCAUAAGGUUGUUUUGUUAUUUUCUUCUGGACACAAGCUGGUCAAAGUGUCUGACUCAAACCUGGAUGAGCUGAUGUGAGAAAACGGUUCUGGGCUCUCAGCUAUGGGGUGUGUCAACAUGACCAACGCAACGGAGGGCGGUGGGGCAUCACCCUCAAUGCAGGCGACACUGGUUGUGCUCGUGGUCCUCCUCAUCCUCCUGACCGUGUCCGGCAAUGUGCUGGUGGUGAUCGCUGUGUUCACCAGCAGGGCCCUGAAGGCUCCCCAGAACCUGUUCCUGGUGUCCCUGGCGUCAGCUGACAUCCUGGUGGCCACGCUGGUCAUACCAUUCUCCCUAGCCAAUGAGUUGAUGGGCUACUGGUACUUCGGGCCGGUGUGGUGCGAGAUCUACCUGGCGCUGGACGUGCUCUUCUGUACUGCCUCCAUUGCCCACCUGUGCGCCAUCAGCCUGGACCGCUACUGGUCAAUCACACGGGCCGUAGAGUACAACCUGAAGCGCACACCACGGCGCAUCAAGUGCGUCAUCCUGGUCGUGUGGGUCAUUGCUGCCGUCAUCUCUUUCCCCCCCCUCAUCACCAUGGAGAAGGAGGGUGAGCACAAGGAGCGCCCCCUCUGUAAGAUCAACGAGGACAAGUGGUACAUCAUCUCGUCCAGCAUCGGCUCCUUCUUCCUGCCCUGCAUCAUCAUGGUGCUCGUUUACAUCCGCAUCUACCAGAUUGCCAAGAGCAGGACCAGGGCUCCGCCUGGUGACCGCAGGAGGAGGGAUGACGACAAGAAAGAGAACGGCCACUGCCAUGAGAGGCUCAACGGCGACGCCGCUGAAGGCAACGGCAAGGACGACAGAGGUGACGUGAAUGCCGUCGACGUGGAGGAGUCGUCCUCGUCCGACCACAAAGUGACCAACCCCUGUUCCAGCAAGAAGAAGCGAGCCAAAGGGAAGACCAAGCUGAGCCAGAUCAAGCCUGGAGACGAUGCAAACAAGAGGGACACCGUGAGCCGGGGUGCCAAGAGCAGCCGCUGGAAGGGCCGGCAGAACCGUGAGAAGCGCUUCACCUUUGUGCUUGCUGUGGUCAUUGGUGUUUUCAUGAUCUGCUGGUUCCCUUUCUUCUUCACAUAUACGCUGAUCGCACUCUGCUCCUCCUGCUGUGUGCCCACAACGCUCUUCAAGUUCUUCUUCUGGUUUGGUUACUGCAACAGCUCGCUGAACCCCAUCAUUUACACCAUCUUCAACAAUGACUUUCGGAGGGCCUUCAAGAAGAUCCUCUGCCGAGGGGACAGUAGGAGGGUUGCUUGAUUCGGAUUCUGCUGGGCAAGGUUUGCCUCUUUUGCAGUGAUGAUGGAUCAGCUCCCUUUUUCGAAACCCCAGUUUAACUCCAAACAAAAAACUGAUGCUGAAUCAGUGUCAAAAGAGCAACUAUACGUAAGGCAAAACGGAGCUUAAUCAAGCCUGGUGAUGAUGUGAGCAAGCGGGACAACAUGAUCCAGGAUGCCAAGGGCAGCCGCUGGAAGGGCCGUCACCCUGGCUUGGUUUCUCCCGACAUCUUUGUUGUCAUCGUGGCCUGCUGGUUCCCCUUCUUUUUCAAAUACAACCUGAUGGCACUCUGCAGCU